UGUUAUGUUUCAGAACGCGCCAUUCCUGAUAAGUACUUGUUUCGUAACCAUCCGAUCGAACUUUGUGAGCACUCGACACUCAGCUUUAUAUUUCUGAAGAAAACAGCAAAAUGUACUACCAAUUAGGCCGAGUUACUGGAAGACUGGUGGCUUCAACCCACCUCCAAACCCCGUUGUUCCCAAUUGCACCAGUAGCCCUGCAACGUUUGGAGCCACCAAGCAUUCAAUACAACACCACCCACUUCUCAACUGUGACUCAGGAUGCAUGCGCCACCGGCAAGAGGAGGCUGAUACCAGGAACCAACAUGCCCUUUCCUCCUCUCGAUGAGAACAUUCGCAAGAAGCAAGAACUCUUCCAGAAAGACAAUGAUUUGCCAGUGUUCCUGAAGGGUGGCCCAUUUGAUGCUAUCCUGUACCGUCUCACAAUGGCUCUCUGUGUGCUUGGAGUUGCUGGUGUGGUGCAUGCUGUCUACAGCCAUGCUGUUCCAAAGAAGCAAUCUUAAUUUGUGUUAUUUUAUCAAUAAUGUAUUAGCUGACUGUGUUAUAAAUGAAAAAGGCAUCAUUUAGCAUUAAAAUUGGUGCAAUUAACAGUU